CCGCGGCCCGCCCGCGCCCUCCGAGGGACCAGGCUUCUGGGAGCGGCCCCGCGGGCCGCGGCGGAGGCGCGGGCGCCCACUGGCCGGCGCGAUCGCAGGGCGGGGCCACAUCUUAAAGGGCCGGAGCCGAGGAAGACCGUCCCUGGCCCAUGGAGCCCACGCAAGACUAUCCACUGUUUGGGGGCGCCUUCUCCGCCACGCUCCCUCCCGGGGCCAUUGACGUAAGCGACCUCCGACCGGUCCCGGACAACCAAGAAGUUUUUUGCCACCGCGUGACGGACCAGAGCCUGAUCGUGGAACUUCUAGAGCUGCAGGCCCACGUGCGGGGAGAGGAGGCCGCGCGGUACCACUUUGAGGACGUUGGUGGGGUGCAGGGGGCUAGGUCUGUUCAAGUGGAGGCUGUGCAGCCCCUCCUUUUGGAGAACCUGGCCCUGAGGGGCUGCUGUGAAGAAGCCUGGGUCCUCUCAGGCAAGCAGCGGGUAGCUAAAGAGAACCAGCAGGUGGCAAAGGACGUGACACUGCACCAGGCCUUGCUGAGGCUGACUCAGUACCAGACUGAUCUCCUGCUCACCUUCAAUCAGCCCCCCCCUGACAAUAGGUCAUCUCUUGACCCUGAAAAUCUGUCACUUCCACCCUGGAGCCUGGGUGACUUUGAACAGCUGGUGACCAGUCUGACUCUUCAUGAUCCCAACAUCUUUGGUCCCCAGUAAAGAUGCUGAAAUGCUACACGAUGCUGCUGAAGACUUGGGGACCCCAUUCUGCAAGGGGAACAAAGGGUUGGAUAUAUUCCCCAAAUUCCUUCCCUGUGUAUAAACAUAAGACACCUCUCUGCAGAAAUAAACUUGCUUUAUAACCA